AUGAAAAACAGAGCUUCGUAUGAAAAGAAGGAAGAUGAGAGAGAGGGUGUCGUUGUCGAUGGAGCAAAUAAGGAAGAGGAGAGAGAGCGGGUGUCGUCGUCGUUGAUUGAGCGAAGAAGGAAGAGGAGAAAGAGAGGGCGUCGUAUCGUCAAUGGAGAGAAGAGGGCAUCCUCAUCGCUGGAGUGA